UGUGGUCGUUUACAUCGCUUCCCUGAAACCAUCCUCAAAAUGUUUCUCCUCCUCAGAAUUUACCAUAAAGAUUAAACUACUGAAUGUGAUCCCGGAUCAAGUGCACUGCGCAGUUACUCGAUACCACAGUAGACGUGUUACAUGUCUGGAGUUCCAUCCAACAAGGAAUAACAUUCUUCUGUCCAGAGAUAAGGAUUUUUUAAAAAAUGAACAAAAAGUUCAUAUUUUACGACUUUUCUGCUUCUAAUAUCUAACUGUUUUUUUUCUGUAAAGAAAGGGCAAAUUGGAGUCUGCUAAAAUGUAUGAGAAGAGUGUGUAUGGAAACAUACACUCUGUACAAGUUAAUAAUAUGCGGUUUAGUCCCACAAAUGAUGACAUGGUUUAUUCUGCAUCCUCUGAUGGAAAAAUUUGUUAUACUGAUCUGGAAACUGGAACUUCAUCAACUUUGCUGGAUCUCAACCCCAAUGGAUGGGAGGGCUCAACUACUUGGAACAUGAUGUACGGUUUGGAUAUAAACUCGGAGAAAGGUUUGGUUCUAGCUGCUGAUAAUUUCGGAUUGCUUCACAAGAUCGACCAUCGGUCUAAUAACGUAACUGGUGAGCCCAUUUUGAUACACAAGAAAGGUAGCAAAGUUGUUGGCCUUGACUGUAACCCGGUUCACCCUGAGUUUCUUCUUAGCUGUGGAAACAAUCAUUUUCAAGAAUCUGGGAUAUGCAUAAACUACAACCUGGACACUCCCUUCAUGAUCUCGCACACAAACGAGUAGUCAACUCUGCUUAUAGAAGUUAAGUUCAAUAUUAGGAGAUCAAUUUCUAAGGUGAAAACGUUCAAGACCAUCGUUUGAACUUGAAAGCGAGAAGAAAUAUCUCUUAGAAACCAAACAUAGAUAUGCUCUUUCAGUUCAGAGAAACAACGAAGAAGCAUGAGAGGAGAGAUGCACAUAAAUAGCCAAUAAUGCAAGAACUUAACAAACAGGAAGAGGAGGCAAAGUCACUUGCUUUAGCUGCUCGAGAGGAGCUCAGAAAGGCGUAGGAAGAGUCAGGUGAAUCGAAGACAUGCGUCUCUGCAAUAGAAAGUCAGUUAACUGGGCGUUAAAGGAAAUGAGUGACGUGAUGUCAUUCAUGGAUAAUAGUCACCUACAAUGUUGUCACUGAACCCUUCGGGAGAGAAGGAGACUUCACACGAAUGGAAUAUACAUUUGGGCUAAUGCAAACGGCGAGAACAAAACAAAACUGUUUUCAAAAACUUUACAAGAGUAAGAAUCUCAGAUGAGUUUAUAAAAGAUUUAUAAACUUCGAAAUUUAUUUAUUAACUUUUGUAAAAUACUUAUAAAAUGUUUGUAAACUAGAUCAAUAUGUCCUCCAACAAAAAAUAUAUUAUCUCCUCACUAUCAUUCUAUUUGUAUACGUGCACUUUGU